AGAGAGAGAGAGAGAGAGAGAGAGAGAGAGAGAGAGAGAGAGAGAGAGAAUGCGUAUGCAUGCACGAGCUGUAGGGAGAUGCGAGCCUCUGAGCUCACGCCGCGGACACGGCCGGUGCUGAGCUGAAAACAGACAGACAGACAGUUCCAUAUUUGAACAGGCUGCAAAGUUGGGUCCUGGCAGUGGCAGCUGGGACCGGGAUGGCGCGCGUGCUCUCGAGACUGGGGGACCAGGGAAGCCUCCGCGGGCGCGAGCUCGCCUUGGCGCUCUGCCCGGGAGGGGCGACUCCUCCUGGAGGCCACUGAGCCGAGCCGCAGGGAGGGGGAGCUGUGCCACCGCGGUCGGCUUACUCGAAGCGGAGAGAGGGCGGAGGGCGUGACCGUGCGGCGCGAUCCACGCGGGCGCCCGCGGAGCCCGAGGCGCAACUGGUGCGAGGCGGGUGCAGCGUCGCGCUCGGGCCGCGCGCCCCCGGGUGGCUUUGCAAGGCGGGGCGGCGAGUGCGCAGGGCCGGGCCUUUGCAUGAAGCCGCUGGACCCCUCGGAGCAGCGGCAGAGGCGGCGGAGCCCGGCGGAGCGCAGUCGGAGACGGGCAGCUCCGGGGUCCGUGUCCCAGUGCCUACGCGGCUGCGGACUCCCCCAUGGGCCGCAGCUGAGGCUUCCCGCAGCGGUGGGGCGCAGACCGGGGGGCGCGGUUGAGACCCGGAGGCGGCGGCGCCGGAGGAAGCGCAGAAGGCCGGGCCCGGGAGGUGGGCAGCACCGCGCCGCAACCCCGGGCUCGCCAUGCUCCUGGCCUCGGCAGUGGUGGUGUGGGAAUGGCUGAACGAACACGGCCGCUGGCGUCCCUACAGCCCAGCCGUGAGUCACCACAUCGAGGCGGUGGUGCGCGCUGGUCCCCGCGCCGGGGGCAGCGUGGUGUUGGGCCAGGUGGACAGCCGGCUCGCGCCCUACAUCAUCGACCUGCAGUCCAUGAACCAGUUCCGCCAAGACACGGGGACCCUCCGCCCAGUUCGACGAAACUACUAUGACCCAUCCUCAGCCCCUGGUAAGGGAGUCGUGUGGGAAUGGGAGAAUGACAAUGGUUCCUGGACUCCCUAUGACAUGGAAGUCGGCAUCACCAUCCAGUAUGCCUAUGAGAAGCAGCACCCAUGGAUCGACCUCACCUCCAUUGGCUUCAGCUACAUAAUAGACUUCAGCACCAUGGGCCAGAUCAACAGGCAGACCCAACGCCAGCGCCGUGUCAGACGACGACUAGACCUCAUCUACCCCAUGGUCACGGGCACUAUGCCAAAGACUCAGUCCUGGCCAGUCAGUCCUGGACCGGCGACGUCCUCCCCUGCACCACCUUGCUCCUGUCCACAGUGUGUUUUGGUGAUGAGCGUCAAGGCUGCUGUGGUCCAUGGGGGCACUGGGCCUCCAGCAGUACGAAAGAACAUGGCCCUCUCUGGAGUGGGCAAGCUGCCCCAGCCACCUGGCCCUGGAGCAAAGCCACUAGACACCACUGGCACCAUUCGAGGCCCAGGGAAGACAGCCCCAUCGCAGGUUAUCAGAAGACAAGUCUCUAAUGCACCAGCUGGGGCGACUGUAGGCUCCCCUGCCAGCCCACAAGGAAGCAACAGGAAGACUGGAAGGGUGGCACUGGCCACUUUGAAUCGGUCCAAUCUGCAGCGACUGGCCAUUGCCCAGUCCCGGGUGCUGAUUGCCUCCGGGGUUCCCACUGUGCCUGUGAAAAACUUGAAUGGGUCCAGCCCUGUUAAUCCUGCCUUGGCAGGAAUCACCGGGAUACUCAUGAGUGCAGCGGGAUUGCCUGUGUGCCUCACUCGCCCACCAAAGCUGGUCCUCCACCCGCCCCCUGUCAGCAAGAGUGAGAUAAAGUCCAUCCCAGGGGUCUCGAACACGAGCCGCAAGACCACCAAAAAGCAAGCCAAGAAAGGUAAAACCCCAGAGGAAGUGCUAAAGAAGUACCUGCAGAAGGUCCGGCACCCACCAGAAGAGGAUUGUACCAUCUGUAUGGAGCGUCUCACAGCCCCCUCUGGCUACAAAGGCCCACAGCCUACAGUCAAGCCUGACCUGGUGGGAAAGCUGUCCAGGUGUGGCCACAUCUACCACAUCUACUGCCUGGUGGCUAUGUACAACAAUGGGAACAAGGAUGGGAGUUUACAGUGCCCAACAUGUAAGACCAUUUAUGGCGUCAAGACAGGCACCCAGCCUCCAGGGAAGAUGGAAUACCACCUCAUCCCCCACUCCUUGCCUGGCCAUCCGGACUGCAAGACCAUCCGGAUCAUCUACAGUAUCCCCCCUGGCAUUCAGGGACCAGAGCAUCCGAAUCCUGGGAAGAGCUUCAGUGCCCGUGGCUUCCCACGACAUUGUUACCUUCCAGACAGCGAGAAGGGGAGAAAAGUUCUGAAGCUGCUUCUAGUGGCCUGGGACCGCCGUCUCAUCUUUGCCAUUGGAACCUCCAGCACCACGGGCGAGUCCGAUACUGUCAUCUGGAAUGAGGUUCACCACAAAACAGAAUUUGGCUCUAAUCUCACUGGCCAUGGCUACCCAGAUGCCAAUUACCUGGAUAACGUGCUGGCUGAACUGGCUGCCCAGGGUAUCUCUGAAGACAGCACUUCCCAUGAAAAGGACUGAGGAGGGAGGGUACUGGGGACCACAGGGCAGAAAAUGGAGAGAGUCAAGGUUGAUGCCAUGCCUCCUGACUCCCUCAUGUCCCUUCUUGUAUUAUUCCCAUCUCCCAUCCCUCUCAGUCACAGAGGGCGCUGGAUUAAGAUGAUGUCGUUCUUACACUUCAUCCAAAACGAACCAGACACGGGAUGAGGGCCAACCUCCUUCUGUCCCCAUGGAGUCUUCAGUUCUGGGUAGUCAAGGACCUGCACCUCUCCCCACCCCUAAGCAGGGAGUAUGUUCAGCAUAUUUAAUGUAUGGGCACUAUUGAGGUAUUCCAUAUCCUGGCCUUGUGAAGCUGAGAUCCCUAUCCUCAGCUGGCUUCUUGCUGCUUCCACUCUGCCUUGAGAGUGGAGUUUCUGCUUUUUUUUUUUUUUUCUCCUCCACUGGAGUCAGGGAGCUCUCACUGUGCACAAUUGGGGAGAGAGGUGUAGACUGCUGUGACAUCAGAAAUUGGAUGCCUUGGUGCAGUGUAAGGAAGCAGUUCAUGUUAAGAGGGUCAGAGUCAAAUGCCUCUGGGAGGAGCCUGGGCCCUUCCUUCCUCCUCAUCUAUUGACCUGUCCAUAGGCAUCUGAUUCUCUCAAGUGGGUGGGAGGGCUCAGGAAUUCCUCUCUGGGGUGGCAUCCCAUGAUGCUGUUUCCAAGCAACCGCUCUCUGAUCCAAUCAGAGCCUGCAUCCCAGUGAGCAUCUGCACUAUCCUCAGGGAGAGGAGCCCAUAGCCUUCUUCCCAACUCAUUGCAAACCAGCUCAGUUUCAUCAAGUCACUGUGAGUUGGAGCCCACACCAGGCUCUUUGUCAUCUGUGUUUGUGCAUAUGUUUGUGUGGGUGUGUGUGCAUUAUUGGGCCAGGUUAUUGGGAAAGUCCCAUCACGUCUCUAAAUUCUGUUUCACGUGCCAAAUCCCAAUUCUGUUGGGGAUUCUAUAGUAAAGGCAUGGCCCUUUGACUUUUCUCACCUUUGCCAGCCCAUCUCGUAAUAAACUUGGACCCUAAUGGACAUAGAAUUGUACUUGGGAAGAUGUCUUGAUUCAAGAGCUAGAUUGACCCUUCUCCUUCUUAUUAAUAUUAGAUCAGAGCCAGCUUCCAUCCAGUCUUCUUUAUAUAAGAGCUCAAUUCAUCUCCCCACAGAUUUGCUAAUUCAAGACCAGAGACAUUAUUGUUCCCUGUCCCAGCCCCUUGCUCUAGCCCCCAUCUAGCACAGAUUGGCCAAAACCAUGGUGGCAGAAGUCGCUUUAGCUCAUUCCUAACACAGUUAGGAACACAUUCUGGUCUUCCCUAACCGGCAUCUGGGUGGUGUCCCAAGAUCCAAUCUAUCCCCAACAUCUCAACUUUGGCUCCAUUAAAGAAUGGAUUAGGUGUCAGGUAAAAGAGAAUGGAGAAUCAAGAAGGGAAAAUAAUUUCCCCUUUGUAAGUGGGUUCUUUGAACUUUGUGUUUGGGGAAAGUUCCUCUGGAUACUAAUUUGAACUUAUAUACCUCAUGUCUCGAGGGUUUGACUAUAUAUAUGUGUAUAUAUACACAUACAUAUAUAUCAUAAGAUUUGAAACGUUUGAUGCUUGGUAAAAAUAAGUGAGAAAUUCAACAACCUUCCACAUUUGUACUUACGUUAGAACUGGAGUCCACAUUUUCAUACCACCCUGCACCAGAGAUGCCUCCUGUUGGGCUUCCACCAUUGUUGAUAUUGCUGUGGCCAGUAGAAUCACCCAAGUGUCCCUAACCCACUUCCCUGGUGCUGAGUUUUCUUUCACUCUACAAAUGGCUAAUGGAAUUUUAAUCGCCUUCCACUAGGGGGAGCUGUGGUUGGAGGGAAUGUUCUGCCAUCUUAGUCCAGCCUGUCCUAUCAAUGGGAGGCCAUUUUGUCUCACAAGCAGAGCAGAAGAUUGCUGCAUUCACUGCACCUCGGGGAAAACUCCUGCUAAAGUAGAGAAAGAUACAGCAGAACUAAAUGGAAGGCAAGUAGCCACGGGCGUUAAUGUCACACCCUUUUAUCAGGUUACCGAAUUUCAGAGAUAAUCGGACCCUCAUUGAAGGCUUACAAUCAUGUUUGUCUUCAGUUACUCGUUGUUAUCUACAGUCCCUGCUUCUUGGCAACAAGGAUGAGAAAUUAGACUGGGAGUUCAUGGAUAGGAAAGUGAAGCAGUAGGAAGUGAAGAAAUGAAAACAGGCUCUGAGAUGUGGGAAUGGCCAGUGGGGGAUGUUUUCACGUAGCAAAGGAGGUAGACGCAGGAAAAGCAUAGCAUGAGGCAGAAGGAAGAGCCCAGAAGGACAUCUCAGGGAGUGACUGUUCUACAAGAAAGACCAUUUUGAGGGUUAGUCUUCAAGAAUUUCCCCAGAGGACUUUAAAAUGUCUAUGUCUCAUUUCCUUAUUCCCCGAGGAUGCUCUGAGAGGCUACCUCACCCUCAAGUUUCACUCUUUCAGCUUUCUGGUCUGAUGGAAGCUUGGCAAUCUCAACAAUGUGUGGGUCAAGCAGUAGCUGGUACCUUACUCCUUCUCUUGUGCCAACCCCCAAAUAUACAGAAUUCAUUUCAAUGAGAUUAGGCCCUGGACACAAGCGACUUUGACCCAGAGUGCUUCCCCAGAGAAGCCCUGGUGUGCUCUACUGGGCCAAGCAGGGAGCCCCCAUGCCCUUUCUUUUACAGUCUCAGCACCAGCAGCCAUGUUCUUCCUUCAUGAGACUCCCGGGGUGAACAAAUGGGAUUGGAGACACAGCUAUGAGAUGCUUAUCCCUUGAAAAGCUAUGUGGUAUAUCUGUGGUUGUCUGUGCCUUUGUGCUUCCAUUCCCCUGUCCUUUUUGUAAGAUUUAGACUUCUGUGUGAUUUUAUACUUCAGUCAAAAGUACUUGUCCUGGCAUCGCAUUGCUGUGUGCAUGAGAGGAUUGGGAGAAGGCUGCUGUGGCCCAAGAAAUAACCACUGCCCCACCCCCCCUUGCUUGUUCGUUGGUCACUUAUAUCUCAGUGGGGGUUUCUGGGAGAGGGCUGGUGAAUGUCCAGAUGUCAGGUGUUCUGUUAGUAACUGCUGUGAUUUGAAGUUGUUGGUGUUGUUCUGUGGGAGGACAUCGCCCCCUGGUGCUCAUGAGGUGUACGUGCAGAACAAUAAACUGCAAAUGAACAA